AUGGCUUCGAGGAGCGGGUUGCAGACGAGGAGGAAAAGGAGGACCUAUAGUUCCGCAGCAGCAGCCGCACGGCCACCUCCCAACUCCCGACAGCAGUCUCGCAACCCAAAUCCUAAUGAAGGAGAAGAAAAGCCAGAGUUGUCGAAGGAAUCUAGGACGUCUAAACAAGGGGAAUGGGAGGAGGAUUAUGCUCGUCUAAUCCGCGAACGAGCAGCCGAACUGGCUAAAAGCGGUGUGCAAGUCGACCCUGAAGACCUUAUCAAACUCGAGGAAUCGAAUAGGGAGGGUGGGGAUGACAUUUUAAUCGACAUGGACCACGUCAACGCCAUCCUGGACUACGCCAACACGCACUGGCCGCGCACAAAGACAUUGCCCACCGGCUGGUCCUGCACCUGGCCCAACUGGGAAAACCUCAUCUCCUUCUUCUACCCAACCUCCCAAUACUUUGUCGUCAUCCCCCAAAUCGACUUUAUCAUCAACGUCCGCUACGCCAUACCAGGAGAAGUCCAGCCCGUCAUGUUCAACAACGACCUGAACGCAUUCGUGUUCGAGGUGGUCGAGAGAAAAUCUGAGGAAGAAGUGCAAGCUCAAAUGGCCAAAGACAAAGAGCAACUGGAGCGGGAACGCCAAAAAGACCAAGACAGACACCGCAAACUGUACUACCUCGACUGGGAAGAAGGCGAGCUGUACCACAUAACCAACGCGCACACACCGCGGCAGCUCGCGCGCCUCAUGAUCCACAGCGGCGGGCUCUCCGCGCUCUCCCUCUCCCUGAUCCAGUCAGACCCCAAAGGCGAGGAAGUAGCAGACCGCAUCCUCGCGCGCGACGCCUCCGUCGUCCCUCUCCUCGAAGAAAACUACCUCGGGUACACACCCGUCCCAUCCACCGACCUCUCCAACCACUACCUCCAAGAAACCGAGCAACUGAUGGAGGAACUCGGCUACGGCACCCUCCUCGACGAGUACGACCGCGCCAAUAUGGACCCCGAACUCCGCGCCGAGAGCGACAGGGCGUACCAGCAGCUCCUCCACUUUAUCAGACUCAUGUCGAGCGGCCGGGAGCAGCAAGAGUUUAGCAGGCAGCUGCUGCAGGUCAUGAAGCAGGUCACACCUGAGGAGCUCAAGCCUAUGCAUGAUUUGUUCCAGCUGUUUAGGAAUUUGGGCCCGGAGCAUAUUCCGGUUGUGUCUGAGGAGUUGAGGAGGCAUUAUUUGCAUUUGGAGAGGGAGGUGCAGGCCGAGUCGCAGGUUUUGGGAGAGGUGUUGGCUGAGUUGAAGCGGCAGCGGGAGGUGAUGAAGGGUGGUGGUGACUCGGAGCAGGCGCAGGGGCAAGCACAAGGGGAGCAAGGCAAGAAAGAUUAG